AUGUCUCUGCCGUUAGAUGUGGUAAUCGUUUCAUCGUGUCAAACUCGUUCUGACGUGUUAAACCCCAAUCUUAUGACUUAUUUAGAUACAACCAAAUUUUACAGGCUGGAAAAACUUGUCACUGGUGGCCUCGAAAAUGAUAACACCACCGAGACCAGGCGCGUGGUAAGAACCGACAUUUCUCCUCCUACUCUUCCCAGAGUCACACUUACACUGAUUUGUUCUUCCUCACUUCCCUCAAAGAGAACGUAUGAUACGCUCUUCACAUCCGCGCGUGGGUCCAACAUUCUCCUAAACAAACAUCGCUUUACAUUAUUUGGCCGCGAAUCAGCAAAAGUACUCACUUUGUUCACACUUUUUCUACUUCAACUUCUCACUCUCCUCUCUCUUUCCGUUCAGCUACACACUCAAACCCAUUUUCUCAGAGACAGUGAAGGCUUUCGCUGCAGCUAG